AUGGCUGACAUUAAAGCGCCCGGAUUCAAGUCUUCAGACCUCAUCUCAGGGCUGGAAGCCGCCUUCUCCAAGUACACCGACGCUGAGAAGCAGGCCCAGAUCAAGAAGACGAAUGGCAUCUUCGAGCUCCAGGUGACCAACACCGCGAAGGAGACCGUGACAUGGACGAUCGACAUGAAGAAGACGGGCACCGUGUACAAGGGCAAGGCCCAGCCCAAGGCAGACGUCACCAUCAUCCUCUCCGACGAGACCCUCGUCGACCUCGCUGAUGGCAAGCUCAACGGCCAAAAAGCCUUCAUGACGGGCAAGCUAAAGACCAAGGGCAACAUGAUGCUUGCGACUAAGCUGGAUACCGUCCUGAAGGGCGCGAAGGCGAAGCUGUAG